UCUUGAUAUUUUCUUGUGUAAUUCGUAUGGGAAAUUAUAUGUUUGCUUAGUGAGAACUUUAUACGCAUAUAUAUGUUUUGUUAAUAUUCAUCGAGAGGCUUCCCCAUCAAAUGAAAGAAGAGUUUCUCUCAUAUUUGUUUCAUCGAGAGCCCGUCACAUUAAAACCGGAAAAGCAAGAGUCAAUCUCUGUAAUCUUCAGAUAAGGAAUAGAGCUUGUGUUGAGCUUAUUACAAUAGAAAAACUUUCAUAAACAUUUUGGAGUUGGCUUGUGAUAUUCUCCAACAACAUUCAACAAUGUCAAUGAAGAUGAAGGGCAUCUACAAAAGCUUCAAAUCGAUCUCUCAAAUAUUUGUUGAGAAAGAAAGAGAUAUUGAAAUUGGGUACCCAACAGAAGUGAAACAUGUGGCUCAUGUUGGCUGGGAGGGCUCCUCUGGUAGUGCUCCUGCGUGGAUGAGUGAAUUUAAGGCAGGAGCAGAGCUAUUAUCUCCAAGAGCAUCAUCCUUUAGUCAUGCAAGACAUUCAAAUUCUUUCUUCAACAAUUCUUCUUCCAGUGAUUUUGAUCAGAGCUCAAGCCAACAAACUAUAUCGGAUAGGCUAAGAGACGUGCCUCCAAUUCCAGUAGGUCUAUCCAAGAUUCAUACUAAGAGCAAGAAUAGGAGAAAGAAACAAUCUUCGACAUCAUCACCAAGAUCCAAACCAUCUCCUAAAUCUUCGAGAUCCACGGGUUUAUCUAAAGCUUCGUUUAAAUCAAAUACAUCUCGGUUAAACUCUAAUGCGUAAAGGCGAAUUCAAAAGUUCAAUGAAACAACAACAAAAUUAAACUUGUGCCUCGUAAUAUGCAUAAAGGAAUUUUUUGGUAGUUUUCGUGAUUUUCCUUUUGUUCAAAGUUUUUGUUUUGUAGUUUCUCGGAUUUGAACAACUUCUAUGUACAUUGUAGAAAGAAGUACAGAAAAUGAAAAAUAUUAAUCUGUGUGAUAAAAAAAAAAAUUAUUUAGUGUAACGAGUUUUUCUAAUGUAGCC